AUGAUUUUCUCAAUCAGAAGAAAAGUGAUGAAUCAAGAGAAGCCCACGUCAUGUUGCUGCGUUCUUGAUGCUUCCACUUAUGUGGGUUUCUGGAUUCUGAAGAGAUUGCUCACCAGAGGCUACUCUGUUCAUGCAGCCAUCCGUAAAAACGAUCCGAGGCAACGAGUUUUCUCUCUCUUCAAAUUCACUUCUGGGUACAGUCAAAGAGAGAGUAUGCUUGAGGAGAAAAUCAGGAACAUGCAAGCUACAGAGGAGAGAUUAGUGGUUUUUGAUGUGGAUGUGUUAGAUUAUCAAAGCAUCCUUGUCUCUCUCAACAAUUGUAACGCUGUGUUCUGUUGCUUGGACAAUCCUGAAGGGUACGAUGAGAAGGAAGUUGAUUUGGAGGUGAGAGGAGCGAUUAAUGUGGUGGAGGCAUGUGCUAGAACAGAGACCAUAGAGAAGAUUGUGUUCUCUUCUUCAUUAACUGCUGCAAUUUGGAGAGAUAACAUUGGAACUCAGAAGGAUGUUGAUGAGAAGUGUUGGAGUGAUCUAGACUUUUGUCUCAAAAAGAAGUUCGAGAGAUACAGUGAAAUAUUAUUGGACCACAGUUUUCAAGAUAUGAUAGUUUUGACCUGGAAUCACCAAAUAUUUAAUCUAUGGCAUGCUCUGUCCAAGACACAAUCCGAGAAGGCAGCUUGGGCACUAGCCAUGGACCGUAUGGUCAACAUGGUCUCGGUUAACCCUGGACUCAUCGUUGGACCCUCAGUGGCUCAACACAACCCUAGACCCACUAUGUCUUACCUCAAAGGAGCUGCGCAGAUGUAUGAGAACGGUGUGUUGGCGUACGUAGACGUGGAGUUUGUAGCAGAUGUUCACAUUCGAGCAUUCGAGGAUAGUUCGGCUUGUGGUAGAUACUUUUGCUUCAACCAAAUUGUGAAUACCGAAGAAGAAGCUCUCAAGCUUGUGGAAAUUCUAUCUCCUUUAAUACCUAUGCCACCAAGGUAUGAGAAAGAGAUGCAAGGAAGUGAAGUUUAUGAAGAGAGAUUGAGAAACAAGAAACUAAACAAGCUGGUGGAAGCUGGCUCUGCAUGUUAA